AUGGAAAGGCACAGAGGAGACCGGUACGGCGGUGGCGGAGGCAACGGCUACCGGAACAACUACAACCAGGAUUCUCAAGACCAAGACGACACCUCCUACCACAGUCGACGUCCCUCUCGUUUCUCCGACGGUCCUCCCUCUCGAUUCUCCGACGGCCCUCCUUCUCGCUUCUCCGACGGACCCCCGCCCGGGAAUCGUUUCUCCAAUAACGGCGCCAACGGUGAUGGCAACUUCAAUCGACGUAGUCCCAACAGCUAUCGCGGCGGCGGAGGUGGUGUGGGACGGCGUGGUUUCGAGAGCCCUCCGCGUCAUCCUCCUGGUGGCUUUGGCGGAGGCAGUGGUGGUGGAGAUGGAUUUCCGCCGGUAGGAGGCGGUGGUGGGCCUGGAGGAUAUGGUGGUGGUGGCGGAGGUGGAGGCGGAGGGUUUGUUCCCAAUUACCAGGGUCCGCCUCCACCAUUGUCAGGGCACAAGAGGAGUCAUCCUAUGUCUGGUAGAGGAGGUUCUCCUAGGAGUGGUUCUGAUGGAGGUAGCUUUGCCAAACUUUUCGUGGGAUCUGUUCCAAGGACAGCUACUGAGGAGGAGAUUCGGCCUCUCUUUGAAAAAGAAGGGAAUGUCCUGGAGGUUGCCUUGAUCAAAGACAAGAGGACUGGACAGCAGCAAGGUUGCUGUUUUGUGAAAUAUGCGACAUCAGAAGAGGCUGAUAGGGCCAUAAGAGCUUUGCACAAUCAGCAUACUCUGACUGGAGGAGUGGGCCCAAUCCAAGUGAGAUAUGCUGAUGGAGAACGUGAGCGCCUAGGUGCAGUUGAGUACAAGUUGUUUGUUGGGUCACUAAACAAGCAGGCUAUAGAGAAGGAAGUUGAGGAAAUUUUUGCACCAUAUGGUCGGGUUGAAGAUGUUUAUCUAAUGCGCGAUGAAAUGAAGCAGAGCCGUGGAUGUGGAUUUGUUAAAUACGCUCAUAGAGAUAUGGCAAUGGCAGCUAUAAAUGCUCUUAAUGGAAUUUAUACCAUGAGAGGCUGCAAUCAACCUCUAACUGUUCGGUUUGCUGACCCAAAGAGGCCAAAGCCGGGAGAAUCCAGUUUCCCAAGGGGUGGUGGUCCUGCUUUUGAAGCCCCGGGGUUUGGGUCUCGAUUUCAAGUGCCAAUGCCAAGACCUGACCAUAACUAUGGUGAACCAAUGGCUGAUCGUCCUCCACCUAAUCCCUGGAACCCAAUUAGUGCCCACAAUAUGGGGCCUAAUCCUAAUCCAGGUGUUCAUGCCCUCGGGAAUCAGUUACCUCCUAGGCCUGGCGACAUGCCAGGACCUUUCAAUCAGGGUGGCUUUGGUGGUCCUCCUCCCGAUGCUCCCUUUCAAGGAAGUUUUGGCUCUUCUACUGGACAGCCGAACUUUAACCAGCCAUUGCAGCAGCAAGGGCCACCGUCAGGCCAGCAAAUACCACCGCCAAUGCAGAAACCGCUUCAAUCUCCUCAGAAUUUGCAACCACCUUCAGUUCCAUCAAAUCACCCUCAUGCUGCAUCAUCUUACCCGCAUCCUGGUCAGCAGAACAUGCCACCUGUACCUGGUCAACCAUCGUACAGUCAACCAAUGCCAUCACAACAUGGUUUCCCAACUGUCUCUAUGGCUGCACCUCAAAAUCCUUUGACAAUUAAUCUGCAGUCUCAUCCGGGGACGACUGUGCCAAAUCAGCCGCAGCAGCAGUCUGGUCAACCUCAAUCGCUGCAGCAGUCUCCUUCCCCGUUAGCUCAGAUGUUGUCUCAGCAGAAGCAAACUCUGCAAGCGAGCUUUCAAUCUUCGCAGCAGGCAUUCUCCCAGUUGCAGCAGCAGGUGCAGAUGAUGCAGCCACAUCAGAGUUCCCAGGCUGGCAGACCUCAGUGGACCGGAAUGCCACCACAAUUGGGUGCUGCUACUGCUCCAGCUUCUACACUCCCUACAGAUGUACCUUCAUCAAAUAAAUCUGCGCCAGUAGUACAGACUACAGCUCUCCAGCAGCAGAGUAACUGGACGGAGCAUACCUCUCCUGAAGGAUUCAAGUACUAUUACAACAGUGUGACCGGGGAGAGCCGGUGGGAGAAGCCAGAGGAGUUGGCUUCUUCUGAACAACAAACAAAGCCUUCAGCUCAACCUCCUCAAGCUCAGCCGAAUCUUCAAGCUCCAACCAAUCCGCAAGCGUCGCAUGGACAGCAGAUGCAGUACCCUCCACAACAGUAUCGACACCAGCAGCAGCCUAUGCAACAACCUUCUUUUCCUUCAGGGGAGCAUGGCUAUGCACAAAUGCCAGCACCCGGUGGACCAGUUAACGAUCCGACAAGGCACCAGGCAGCUCAAGAUUGGAUGUGGAAGAACAAGCCAACAGGUAGUCCCUAA